AUGGCUAAUAGAGAUAAGAGCGAGGCCGCACGCGUGGUGGCCGUGGAUCUGCUCAGAGCCCUGGUGCGCUCUGCAGCAGCGGAGGGAGGACAGAGCCUAUCCCAGCUUGUGCAGGCGGUGCACUGUGUGCUGAGAGACCCCAGCAGGAAGGUGGCAAGGGCAGUUCUGCGCUUCACCCAAGAACUGCUCAGCUGCAGUGUCCAGAGCUGCUCGGCCUGGGAUCUGGUGGCCAAUGUCUUCACCAAGUUCGACCAGGCCUCCAGCAGACUGGCACAGGGAAACCUUUCUCAGGCAAAAGCACAGGAAGAAAUAGAUCUUCAAGCCCUGUGCUUGGACAUCCUGCACUCUCUGGAUGUCUCUGUCAGAGGGAUGACCAAACUCUUGUGGCCGCGGCUACUCCAGUACGUGGUGCCAGGCCAGUACACUGGCAUGCUGGUCCCACUCUCCCGGUGCCUGCGAGAGCUGGCUGAAAGACUGCAGAGAGCAGGAGAUGAGGACAGAGAGGAGGAGCCUGAUGUCGUAGCCUCCUGGGAGCGAGCCAAGCUGCCGACACCGCAGGCCCUGUUGUCUCGCCUGCUGGUAGUGGCGGCUGCUCCCCAUGCCAGCGGCGGCUGCGGCAUCCCUGCCCUGCGGCUGCUGCAGGCUUUGUCUGCAGAGAUCCACAGUGCCGUGGGGAUGGUGUGGGCCGUGAAAAUCCCCUUCCUGCUUCGCUACCUGGAAGGGAGAAGUGAGGGAUGCCUGGAUUCAGCUGAGUGGGAGCGCCUUCUGCUUAAGUUCCUGAGGACAUCGCUGGAGACGAUCGAGAGCCAGGCCUGGAUCAUGGGCCUGUGCUUCGAGCUGAGCCAGCAGAGGGGCAGCUACCCCCGGCUGUCCCGGGAGCAGGCCUUCCUGUAUAAAGCUCUUGGGAUGUCCCUGGCAGCGUGUCAUCAUGUCCCCUAUGUCCGCCACCUCACCCUCUCUCUUGUGCUGCAGGGAAUGAUUUCUGUUUUAGCUGGCUCUGCCGAGAGCCACUUCUGCCUUGCCUUGGAGGCGGUGCAGGAGUUCGGGGCUUCCAUAGAGGAAAGAGCAGUGUCAGGGGCUUUCAAACGCCUGAAGGAAUACCAGCAGGGAAUGAGAGCCGGGAUGCACAUGGCGCUCAUGCUGGCCUACAGCCGGAUCGCGCUCUGUGCGCCCCGGGAGCAACUCCUGGCCUGCGUGGAGCGGGACAUCAUGGGACACAUCCUGCAGCACUACCAUGCCAGCUGCCAGGUGCUGGGCUUCACCCUCUCCACCCAGGUAAGUCCUGCCCCGUGGGACCCUGUUUCCUGCCCUUCCCACACACAUUUCCCAUUGCAGGCACACCAGACCAACCCUCCCACUCCCCAGGCCAGAGACCAGGCUCUCCUUGUGGACAUUGAGCUCAAGGUGACGCUGAGCCGGAGCGUGGCUGAGGUCAGCCGGGCCAUGCAGGCGGCUGGGGGCUCCCACCGUGUGGAGCUCUGCUAUAAACGGGAGCUGCUGGGCACCCUGCUGGGCUUCAUGAAGGCAGAGCCCCAAGACUGCCUGGCGUCCCCUGUACGCCAGGAGGUGUUUCUGGCCCUGGGGCACUUGAGCAAACUGAAGCCAUCACUGACCCAGGAGGAAAACCAUGACCUCCUGGAUCAGUGUUUACACAGUGUGAUGCCCCUGCCUGCCCUGGCGCCAGCAGGAGAGAAAGGGGCGACAACAGCGGAGGCUCUGCAUUCUUUGCAUGCACAGACCAUGGGAGCUCUCGGCAAGCUUGUGACAGCCCUGCUAGAGGAAAACCUCACCUCUGGCUGGCUGACAGAGAUGCUGCACCUCCUGGAGUUCUGGCUCAGCUCUGCCAAGGAGUGGGAGCGGGAGAGGGCCCUACAGACCUGCGCCCAACUGCUGGGUGCUUACAAGGAGCGAUUUGAGCUCACGGGAGAAAACUCUUUUGGAUUCUUUGGCUCCAUGGUGGGACUGCUGGCACCUUUUGUCUGCGAUUCACUGGCCACAUCCCGCCAGCAGGCAGGAGCCUGCCUUGGCCACCUUCUCUGCAUACAAGGCAAGACGCUGGAGCUGGAGGACGAGGUGCAGCCGUUGUACCAGCAGCUGAGCUCCCCAGAUGUUGAGACUCUGCUCCAGCCUUCCUCCAGGCUUGCUAAGAUGAUUUGCAAAUAUAUCCCCCCAGCACAGGCCACAGAUUUCAUUUCUGCUGCCCUGGAUGGGAUGCUGUCAGUGAGGUCUACCUGCGCUCAGGCUGCUGGCGAGUGGCUGGUGACCUUCCUGGAGACGUGUGGGGGACAGAUGUUUACCAAGGUGACAGAAAUCCUGAGCAUCCUUUAUGUCCGGAUGCGGAUCAUGCAGCAGGACACUCUCCGAUGCUUUCUGUUUGAGGCGGUGUCCAUGCUCGCCCACUACCACCCUGGGGCUGUCAUCAACAGCCUCUUGCAGAAGCAGCUGCCCAUGGACAGGUACAUGCACUGCCCCAGCCCAGUGGCUGGGCAGGACCCACCAGCAAUGGGUUGA